AUAAGAAAAUAAGACACACCUAAACCAGGUACAAACGAAAGUAAAAGGGGAGGAAGAAGAGACGCCAUUUCAAGGCUUUAAACCUGUUAACUACUGUAUGGCUGUUUAAACAGACGCACAUUUUGUGCGUUUUGUGCAGCUGAGGGCUCGAGGCAGUGCUCGCAUCGCAGUCUCAGAGCAGACUAUGCCAGAAGUCUGCAGUGGGUCUGAGAUCAGUCUCUCCACACUCUUUUGGCAAAUAAGAGUAGGAGAACACUAAAAUGAGUCUCCAUAAUAAGAGAGAAAAUGAGGACUCUGCCUCUAAAAUGAGUUCUCCAUCUCCUGGAUCAAGCUGUGUGUCUACGAAGAGUGAUCAAUCCAUGACGACAGAUCCCAGCAGGAGGAAAAGACAGAGAUCAGAGUCUCCAGAUCCCAGCUGUGUGUCUGUGAAGAGUAAUAGAUCAAGGGAUCGUCCCCCUGAAUUCAGUGAUGGACCAGUGACCUCUGAGCCAUUUUUCAGCAAGGGAGAAAUAUAUGAGCCACUCAGAUCUGUGCCAUCCUCUGUAUUAUACUAUCAAACUCACAUCAGGCAGGACAAAACUGAAGCAGUCCUGGAGAAACACACACUGGAGACUGGAGACCUGCAAAGAGUCAAAGACCAGCACAAAACCAACAUGAAGAACAAAUACGAUAGAUUUUUUGAGGGAAACAAACUCCAAGAGAAUGAAAUCCUCUUGAACAGGAUCUACACCCAGCUCUACAUCAUAGAGGGAGAGAGAGAAGGAGUGAAUGAAGAACAUGAGGUUUUACAGAUUGAGAAAACAGCCAGAACACAACACUCACAAGACACUCUGAUUGACUGUAAUGACAUCUUUAAAUCAUCACCUGAACCAGGAUGUGUGGAAAAAGACCAAAUCAAAACUGUUCUUACCAAAGGCAUCGCUGGAAUCGGAAAAACUGUCUCUGUGCAGAAGUUCAUUCUGGACUGGUCCGAGGGAAAAGCCAAUCAGGAUGUAGAUUUCAUGUUUUUGCUUCCAUUUCGAGAACUGAACUUGAUUCGAGAUCAUCAGUACAGUCUUCACAGUCUUCUGCUGGACUUUCAUCCUGAACUUCAAGAUCUAGACUCAAAGAUUUAUGAGAACUGUAAAGUUGUGUUAAUCUUUGAUGGUCUGGAUGAAAGCAAAAUGACACUGAUGUUUUCAGAUGCACAGAAAGUUUCUGAUGUGACUGAGACUUCAUCAGUGUUUCUGUUGAUGUCAAACCUCUUGAAAGGAGAGCUGCUUCCCUCUGCUCUCAUCUGGAUCACCUCCAGACCAGCAGCAGCCAAUCAGAUCCCCUCCAAAUACAUCAACCGUCUGACAGAAAUUCAGGGGUUCAAUGAGCCUCAGAAGGAGGAAUAUUUCAGGAAGAAAAUCAGUGACGAACAUCAAGCCAGCAGAAUCAUUUCACACAUCAGAAGAGCAAGAAGCCUCCACAUCAUGUGCCACAUACCCGUCUUCUGCUGGAUCUCAUCUACUGUGCUUCAAAAGCUCCUGAAAGAAGAUCUGAGUGCAGAAAUCCCUCAAACUCUGACUGAAAUGUACAUCCACUUCCUGCUGAUUCAGAUCAACAUGAGGAAUCAGAAGCAUGAAGAGAGAGAUCCAGAGAUACUCCUGCAGUCCAACAGAGAAGUGAUUGUAAAACUUUCAGAAGUGGCUUUCAAACAGCUGAUGAAGGGCAAUGUGAUGUUCUAUGAGGAGGACCUGAGAGAGAGCAGCAUAGACGUCACUGACGCCUCAGUGUAUUCUGGGAUUUGCACUGAGAUCUUUAAGGAGGAAUCUGUGAUUCAUCAGAGGAAAAUCUACAGCUUUAUUCAUCUGAGCGUUCAGGAGUUUCUCGCUGCUUUCUAUGUAUUUUACUUCCAUGUAACUUCAAUUAUGCAGGGACUGAGUAAUUUUGCUUCAAUACAAAUUUUGCUUAAAGGUGCAGUAGAUCAAGCCCUCAAGAGUAAAAAUGGUCACCUGGAUCUGUUCCUGCGGUUCCUGCUGGGAGUCUCACUGGAGUCCAAUCAGACACUCUUACAGGAUCUACUGACACACACAGAGAACAGCUCCGAGAGCAUCAGAGAAACCACACAGUACAUUAAAGAAAAGAUCAAAGAUGGAUGUGGACUCUCCACUGAAAGAUCCAUCAAUCUGUACCUCUGUCUGCUGGAAGUCAAAGAUCAGACUCUGUCCAGAGAGAUUCAGGAGUUUGUGAAAUCAGACAAACACUCAGAAAAGAAACUCUCUCCUGCUCACUGCUCGACAAUUGCCUACAUGCUUCAGAUGUCAGUGGAGGUGCUGGAUGAGCUGGACCUCAAGAAAUUCAACACAUCAGAUAAGGGAAGAAGAAGACUAAUACCAGCUGUGAUCAACUGCACAAAAGCCCUUUUUGCUGGCUGUAAUCUCUCAGAUCAGCAUUGUGAAAUUGUUGCAUCAGCUCUUCAAACCCCAAAUGGUUUCCUGAGAGAGCUGGACCUAAGUAACAAUGACCUGCAGGAUUCAGGAGUGAAACUGGUCUCUGAUGGAUUGAAGAGUCUAAACUGUCAGCUGCAGGUACUGAGGUUGUCAGGCUGUAUGGUGACAGAGAAAGGCUGUCGUUAUGUGUCUUCAGCUCUGAGUUCAAACCCCUCACACCUGAGAGAGCUGGAUCUGAGCUACAAUCAUCCAGGACAAUCAGGAGUCAAGCUGCUCACUGACAGACUGAAUGAUCCAAAGUGCUCACUGCAGAUACUCAAUGUGGAUAAUGGAGAACAUUUAAGAAUCACACCAGGACUGAGAAAAUAUGCCUGUAAUCUCACACUGGAUCCAAACACCAUAAACACUCAACUCAUUUUGACUGAUGAGAAGAGGAAGAUUAUACAUGCAACAGAGCCGCAGUCAUAUCUUGAUCAUCCAGAGAGAUUUGAUAGCUGUGAGCAGGUUUUGUGUGAAGAGAGUCUGACUGGACGCUGUUACUGGGAGGCUGAAUGGAGCGGGAAGGGUGCUGAAAUAGUAGUGUCAUAUAAAGGCAUCAGGAGGAAAGGAGUGAGUGAUUGCUGGUUUGGAUACAAUGACAAAUCCUGGAGUCUGUACUGUUGUGCUAAUGAAUUCACUAUCUGGCACAAUAAUGUGAGCUAUAAUAUAGCCUUCCCUUUAUCCUCUAAUAGAGUAGGAGUGUAUCUUGACUGGUUGUCUGGCAUUCUGUCCUUCUACAGUGUCUCUGACACACACACACUCACACACUUACACACAUUCAACACCACAUUCACUGAACCCCUCUAUGCUGGAUUUGCAGUUUAUCCUGAAUCUUCAGCUUCUCUGUGUCUGUUUAAACAACAUAAUGUGAAAAACAACUAGGAUUUCAGAAACAAGCUGUCACUUUUCCAAGUAGUCACAUUUUUUCCAGUCUCAUUUUUAAAUUAAACAGUCAACGCAGUGGUUUUCAAUCCUGGUCCUGGAGACCCACCGCUCUGCACAUUUUCUGUGGAGAUAUGCUGUAUUCACGCCACCUCGUAUUUACCGGAAUCUUGAGAUGAGAACAUGUGACAUUAUAUUCGGAGCUGUUCACGUCCUCGGACUAGGAAUUAUGCGUUUCUAUGGCACAACUAAUCAGAAGCCAGAAUCUCGUAGUUACAGGUAUUACGAUAUGGUGUGAACGCACCUAUAGUUUCAUUAACUGAACUGAGUGUGUCAGUUAAGAGAGAGACAUACAAAAUGUGCAGAGAGGUGGGUCUCCAGGACCAGGAUUGAAAACCACUUAAUUUAAAAUUAGAAAUGAAAGUUUUGUUUCUUUAGCUGAUAGGUCAUCUACAUGCUAGUGUACAUCUAAAUGUUGACUAAAAAUAUCUGAGAAAAUCAUAUUCUUAGAUUUGUUUUGUUGCUACAUUGACAGCUAAUGUUACUGUUUAUAUUUUAAUUUUCCCAUGUUUUGUAUUGGUUUUGUAAAAACAUUUGGUCAGGUAACCUAAAAAUGUGCUUUCUUGUGCUAACAUCUUUUAUUCAAGUGAAAAUAAAUGAUCAGUUACAGGUUUUAUUCCAGUGAAAAUAUUUUCCAGUUGAUGAAUAUGGCUGACUUCAUUGGGUAGCUGCUGUGAAAGUAACAGGUGAUGUUGUCUCUUUAAUUUAACAGCUGCACAAUUUAACACUGGGUUACUGGUUUUCUUCGCACAUGCAAUGUCUGUCACUUUACAUCUGUAAAGUUUAGAUUCAGGUCUGAGAGCUUCAGAUUAUUAGUUCAGUGAACAUGACUGCAUGGUAACAAACACAGGAUUUGAACAAUACAAUUAAUAGCUAAACAUUCAACAUGACUCUGUGUUGGGGGUAAAGCCCAGUUGACUGUACAGUUGUCUGUUAGUCCUGCAUCACAAAAUAUGCUACUCUUCAUGGAAGCAUAUCCUGGCAAUUAUUACCUAAAACCCAGAUUUUUUAAAACAUUUACCACAGUUUUAGCAUACCAACAGCUUUUUCAAUGCCUCAAAUGACUUGCACUGCAUUCUGGGUGCAUUGCUGCAUGAAUAAAUUAUGAGCUUAGUAAUUUCCUUUAUUCUCACUAUUUUAUUUUAUUUUAUUUUGCUG